AUGGCUAAAAUCGCUAUCAUCAUCUAUUCUUUGUACCACCAUAUUGCCGAGUUGGCCGAGACUGUCAAGUCAGGUGUCGAGGCUGCCGGUUCUACUGCAGACAUUUUCCAAGUUCAAGAAACUCUCUCUAAGGAACUUCUCGCACAGCUUGGUGCUCCCGAGAGACCAAACUACCCAAUUGCUAGCAACGAAACUCUUACUUCGUACGAUGGCUUUUUGUUUGGUAUUCCAACCAGAUACGGUAGUAUGCCAUCCCAAUUGAAGGCUUACUUCGAUGGUACUGGAGGUUUAUGGGCCAAUGGUGCUUUAUACCACAAGCCAGUUGGAAUCUUUGUUUCCACUGGUACCGGCUCUGGUAGAGAGAUGACUGUUGUUAACACCUUGUCUAUUUUGGCUCAUCACGGUAUGAUUUUCGUUCCUCUUGGUUACGCCAAAUGUUUUGCUGACGUUGCUAAUGUGACUGAACCUCAUGGCGCUUCUGCCUGGGGUGCCGGAUGUUUGGCUGGUGGAGAUGGUUCUAGAAAGCCAUCUGCUCUUGAAUUGAGAGUUGCAAAAGUUCAAGGAGAAGAGUUUGCCAAGGCUGCUUCCAAAUUGGCUAAUUAG